GAAGUUUGUGCAUAGGUGAAAUACCUGAAUCCGGCCACAGGGAGAGACCUGCUGGCUAUGGGGGACUGACACCCACCACUGAAGCUGACCUUGCUCUCUCUCUUCUCCAUGUCCUCGGAGGCUGAAGUGCACAGAGGGCAUUAGUCAGCUUGUUCUGUGGAUUCUGGUGGGAUUCCAUCAGUGCGAAGCACCAGUUGAAGACUAAAGUGUGAGACAGAGAGACUAGGGAGUGAUUUUGCCAACAAAGAGACAAAUAUUUAAAUAAACCCUAAUCUGAACAAGCUUCCUAUAACUACUGAAGAUAAAUGAUACUGAGCAUCAGAUUUCUGCCUUACCUGAUGGAUUUGGCUUCGGAUCAGCAGAAGAGACAUAGCCCAGCACCAAGUCGUCAAGGUGCCGCGGAGCCUGAGUUCUCGGUGUGAGAGGUGUAGAGGUGUGUGGUCUCACGCCAGCAAAAGGAGGAGUGCCAGGACUGGACAGGUGUCGAGAGUCACCAUGCCUAGAGGUCAGAAGAGUAAGCUCCGUGCCCGUGAGAAACGCCGCCAGGCCCGUGGUGAGACCCAGGCUCUGAAGGAUGCUCAGGCUACUGCAGCAGCAGCAGGAGAGUCCCCCUCCGCCGCCUGUCCUCCCUCUGGGGGUAGACCUGCUGCUGCGACUCCUAGCCAUCCUCAGGGAACCGCAUCUUCCACCAGUGCUGAUGCAGCUCUUUCAUGCAUCAAUUCAGAUGAAGAUGCCAGAAGCCAAGAUGGGGGAAGCCCCAGAUCGUCUGAUGGCACUCAGGUCUCACGCAGAGACCCAUUAAACAAGAAGGUAGUUUUGUUGGUGCACUUCCUGCUGGAGAAGUAUCAAAAGAAAGAGCCAAUUACGAAGGCAGACAUGCUGAAGCUUGUCCUCAAAAAGUACAAGUAUCAUUUCAAUGAGAUCCUCAAGAGAGCCUCUGAGCACAUGGAGCUGGCCUUCGGGAUUGAUUUGAAGGAAGUGGAUCCCAUCCGGCACUGCUACACCCUCAUCAGCAAACUCGACCUCACCGUCGAUGGCACGAUGCAUGAAGAAGAGAACAUGCCCAAGACCGGCAUCCUGAUGAUUGUGCUGGGUGUGAUCUUCAUUAGAGGCAACUGCGCCCCUGAGGAGCAAGUCUGGGAAGUCCUGAAUAUGAUGGGCGUCUAUGCUGAAAGGAGGCACUUAAUCUAUGGGGAGCCCAGGAAGAUCGUCACCCAAGAUUUGGUGCAGCUAAAGUACCUGGAGUACCGCCAGGUGGCCAACAGUGAUCCUCCACGCUACGAGUUCCUGUGGGGCCCGCGAGCCUAUGCCGAGACCAGCAAGAUGAGAGUCCUGGAGUUUUUAGCCAAGAUUCAUGAUACCGUCCCCAGUGCCUUCCCGCCGUGGUACGAAGAGGCUUUGAAAGAUGAGGAAGAGCGAGCCCGAGCCCGAGCCGCAGCCAGGGCUCAGACCGCUGCCAUGGCCAGGGCACGCUCCAGGGCCUUGACCAGCAGCUUCUCCCACCCUAAGUGACGUGGGCGGCUGGUUGAACAGGUUUUAUAUCAAAUGUUGAAGCUUGAAGCAGAUUGUUUUCUUUGUGGAAGGAAAAAGCAGUCAACAUUCUAAGGAAUAGAUGGCCAGAGUGGGUCUGGAAGGAACACAGUGAAUAUCGUCUUUGUGGUCCUGCUAUAUCUCAUAAACUUAAAGGUUUUGUUCCUUUUCUUGUUUCUUUCUCUUUUUUUUUUCUUUCUCUCUUCCUUUUGCUUUCUUUUUCUUUUAUGUUUCAAAUGUUAUUUCUUUAACAGAAAGUUUAUAUAAUUUUCGAAUCUAAAUUUAUUAAUGAUUUUCGUUGUUUGUGGCUGUUUAAUAGAUGUAAGAUUAGGUGUUUUAUUAUUUAGUAAAACAAAUUGGGAAACCUUUCAUAUUUACCAAAACAGAACAAUGAAACAUGGCGUUGUAACAGGCAUUCCCUAGGAAAUGCGAAAGAAUUUCGCAGUAAAAUUGCUGGGAUCAAAAAAAGGAGGGGGGAGAAGUAAAAGAAGUUCUGUUCUUGGUUUCCCUUAUACUUUUUAGUCUGUUGUUCUGUAAGGAUAGAAGAUGCAUACAUGGAUUUGUUUGGCUUAUUAAAGAAUGGAGGAGAAAUAAAAUGCUUAAAUAGUAGAAUUCAUGCUUGCUGGGUCAUUUGUUUUCCAGAUACUAAUUGAGUGUCUGCUCUGUAAAAGUUAGUGUUAGAAAUGGGGAAGCUAGGAUAUAAAACACUCCUGGCCUUAGACUGUGC